AUGAAAGCGUUGCCCCUGUUACGAUCUGCACCCGAAGUGACGACACAGCAUUUGCUGAGUGAAGACUCGGAUCCGGUGCUCAUCGAACCAAAACAAGUUCCCAGCUUCUUCCUUGCUAAAAGUCUAAUCAACUGCACUUCACCGACUUCUUCUCGAGGCAUUCUGCGCCCGUAUUCUGCCUUCUGGAAUGUCGCUCGAAAAGACGAUGAGGAGGUCCUCGAUGCGUUUGCAAUUGGCAUUGUUUCCCUCGAGUCGCUACGUGGUUCAGUGAAAAGAGGCAAGGAAGUGCCGUUUGCCUUGACGCGCACAAUACCGCCCCGUACAUGGCGUAAACACACAUAUGUGCACCUGCAUUCACUAUGUUCCAUUUGUGAAAACAGCUUUUCUCGUUAA